UUUUAAAGAUGUUGGACUUCUAAGAAAAAUCCAUAACAAAGUCGACAAUCCGUGCAAUAAUCAAGUUUGCGUAGCAUACGGACAAGUGACAUGUCAAUGGCAUCAUCAUUUCCCCCCUCCUUUCCGGCUCAGUGACAUGACAAUGGCAUCACCAUUUCACUCCUCCUUCCUGCCUGACUACCUUGAUCCUUCGAUGCUGCUCAUGUUCCUCUUCUUUCUCCUUGCCUGGUCGUUGAGAUUUUUCUUCUUCCAUGUUCUUUAUGAAAUAAUAGAAGAAUGAACAUUAAAUAUUCAUUUAAGAAUAUGGUCAUUUUUAUAUGUAUACACCUCUUUCUUUAUAAAUAUCAUUUCUAUUGAGGGCAAAGAAAGCAAACAAGCAGCGGUUUUCAAACCAUGGAUUUUGAUUUCCAGACCACACCACGGUUUAGUGUUGGUCGGGAACUAGCAAUUUUGAUUACUUCCUGCGGGAUCCUGGACAAGACAUGGGAAGAGAUCUGUCAUGUUGCUAAAAAUGGCGUAGAAUUUUCUCUGAAAGAAGAUGAAGGUGUAGCAUAUGUGACCUUCCCUUCAUUUUCUACAGAAGAUUUCAAUGUCACAGACAGUAGAUAUGGUGAAUACAACAUCGAGAAUGAGAAAAUCAUCUCUGUUUGCCUCAAGGGUACUGAUGAUAAGCCGGCCCUUGUUCAUAAGGGAUCUUUCAACAGAUUCCUGCGUAUUCUGGAAAGUUCAGAUUUCAAAGCCAAGGUACAAGGUUUAAAGGCACAAGCCAUUAUAUUUGCGGGCCAUUCCAUGGGAGGUGCAGUUGCAACUCUGGCCACUCUGUGGUUUCUGCAAAAGAAGGCAAGAAAUAUGUCUUAUUUUUGCAUCACAUUUGGUUCUCCUUUGGUGGGAAAUGCUAUUCUUGGGGAGGCAAUCGGGCGUGAAGAUUGGGCGGGAAAAUUUUGUCAUGUUGUCUCCAAGUAUGAUAUUGUUCCUAGGAUGCUCCUUGCACCAUUUGAAUCAAUUGCCAAGCCUUUGAAUGCAAUUGUGCCUCACUGGGGAAGGAUGAUGGGUAUUAACAAUGUUGCUACAACACAUCUUUCUAUAUCAGAGGCUUACAAAACUCUUUUUGAGAAAGUCCUCCAGUGCACAUCUACAAUAGCAAAUAAUUACCCAGGACAAUCUGGUGUAAGAAGCCCGUAUAGACCCAUUGGUACUUACAUGUUUUGUUCAACCCAAGGUGCAGCUUGUAUUGAUAACUCUGAAGCUGUCCUGAAGAUGCUGCAUUUCACCAUGGAAGGAAUGCCUUCUGAACAACUUGCAGUCACCUGUGCUUCAGAUCACACAGGUUAUGGCCAAAUGUUGGAAGCUAUCACCAAAAACUUCCUAAAUCCAACGCCAAUUGCAAAUUGUGCCACAGACUCCUUCGAGAUAGGAAUAGCACUGGAAUUGGAAACAAUGGGUGUUGGAGCUCAGAAUCAACAUGCAUCUCUUGCACUCAUACAAGCUGGAAAGGUUAAAAAAGAGCAAGAUAUGAACAUCGAGAAACUAAAUGAGGAUUUGAGCAGGAACCAAAGUCACAUGGCAGAGGUGGAAUGGUACAAAGGAAAAUGUAAGAAGGGCUCUGGCUACUAUGAUUCUUUCAAAGUCAGACAUGAUGUUGGAAACCCAGAGUAUCAUGUAAACAUGGCUAGAGAUAGUUUGGGAAAAUUCUGGGAUGAUAUUGUUGAGAUGGAGGAGAAACAUGUAUUGCCCAGUGACUUCAGCUUUCAAAACAAAUGGAUCAAUGCUGGCACUGCAUAUAGAAGACUUGUAGAGCCUCUGGACAUUAAAUACUACUAUUGUACACGGAAGGACAACAAAAGCUAUCUCUCAGCUGGUAAGAGACCCCACCGUCACAUAGUUCUAGAGAAAUGGAUGAAAGAAAAAGACCAAACUCGCAUCGGUCGAGAUAAAAAGGAACGCACAAAGUUUGCAUCCUUAACUGUGGACUCCUGUUUCUGGGCUCGUUUACAAGAUGCUCUUCAAGCUUUGCCUAAUCUCCAGCAAGAGCAAGACCAACAUCAAGUCAUGAAUGCCUCACUACAAGAAAGCCAAGAGUUUGAAAAUUAUGUUUGGGGUAUGAUCAGAGACAAGAGUAUUUCUGUUGAGAUUUUCUUGAAGGAGAGUAGCUUAAUGAUUUGGUGGGGUUACCAUCGUCAACUUCAAUCUCCACAAUGGAGAUCAAACUCUCCUUUGUUCAACUUCAUGGCAUAUGAGAGUUGGAAGUAGAAAACUCAGAAGAAUGGGCUUUUUCUUAACUUUGGAAUGAUCUUUCAAAAAAAAAUUCUGUUGGAAGUAGUUAUUUGUGUGGUUUCCUCCUUGUGCUUAGUUUUCUUUUCAAUUAGGUGAUUAUAUGCUGCAUUUCGAACAAUGAGUGGAUAGUGGGCUCCAUCAUAUAUGUUGAGUUCUUGAAAUGUAAUCAUGUAGUAAUAGGACUCUGUUUCAUUCCAAAGGAACUUCUCUGUAGUUCAGAGGAGUUUCAUUCCAAAGGAAUGUUAUGUCCAUUAGAGGUUUGUUUCUUUA